ACUUCUCCUUCCCACGCCCCUCUUUCUCUCUCUCUCUUAAAUUUCUUAUCUCUUUGUUCCGGAGGUGUUUAUUUAUUUAUUUUUAAUACCCCAAUCCAUAUCUGCCCUUUUCUUCUGCAGAAUUUCUGGGCUUCCCUCCCCAUAUCUUCUCCCAUACUCAUUCUCAUUACCCCCAAUCCCUCAAUCUCCUCCAUUUUCGCAUACCCUUUGAGCUCAAUUUCAUCUGCAGAAACCAGAUCUUUGUUUCUAUCUUUCCUUCAGUAGUUAAGUGAGCGUCGGUGCUGAAGAAAGCUCAUCCAUGGAGGGCGGGAGGUUUCCUUCUCCUUCUGAGGUUCUUGAUUCUUUCUGGGUUCCCAACUCUAACCCCUCUUUUCAAGCUCCAGCAUCAAUGAUGAACUUCAAUGACCAGGAGAUAGACCAGGGGGGCAAUGAGGAUUAUGUGGGCUGCUAUCUUGCCCCAGAGAAGAAGAGGAGGCUGAGCCCAGAACAGGUCCGCUUUCUUGAGCAGAGUUUUGAGGUGGAGAACCGGUUGGAGCCGGAGAGGAAGGUCCAGUUGGCUAAAGAGCUUGGCCUGCAUCCCAGACAAGUUGCAAUCUGGUUCCAAAACCGGCGUGCCCGCUACAAGACAAAGCACAUUGAGAAAGAAUAUGAUUCCUUGAAAACCAGCUACCAUCAGCUCAAAGCAGAUUUCGAUUCUCUCUCCGUGGAGAAUGAGAAGCUCAGAAAUGAGGUUCAACUGUUGACAGAAAGAAUGAAGGGGAAAGAAAAAGGGAAGGCAAAACAAGGAACAUGUGAAACAACAAUGGGCAAAACCCACAAUUCCCAGAAAGGGGUAAGUUCUCCAAUAGUGAUGUGCAAGCAAGAAGAUGCAAGUUCAGCUAAAAGUGAUGUUUUUGAUUCCGACAGCCCGGUGUACACUGAUGGCAUCCAGUAUUCCUCCUCAUUCCCAGCAGAUUCUGGUUUCUCCCAGUCCCACAGUUGCUUGUUCCCGAAGCUGCGCGAAGAAGAAGGGGAAGAAGUGGAGGAACACCAUAGCCUGCAAAUGCCACUGAAUGCCUCCUCCUGCAGCCUGGGUUUCUCCAUUGAUGAUCAGAUGACUCCAUGGUUUUGGCCUUAGUGAAUAGAGGGCCGCCAUUGAUUGCAGUAGUACAUUCUUGUGCUCGCUAGCUCUCCUUGCAUUGCUAUCUAUGAGUGCUGCUUUCUCACGUGCUGUUAUGUGUUGUAAAUUUGAAGAAGAUGAUGAAGAAUAAUGAUGUUGAAUUUGAGAUUAGAUAGUGAUGUGAGCUUUUUGGUGAUUCCAAUCAUGGUGUAAAAUAUGUGCUUUAGCUGCUCUUUUUUGUAAUGUUUCUCAUAUCAAUGGUGUUUUCUAAUGAUUACUCCGCAGUUGUUUGAAAGUAUUUGAUUAAGAAAAAGAUUGAAUCCGA